AUGUGUUGUUUUUCGGUGACCACCAGCCACCACCGGAAGACCACCGUUGAAGCCAACCCGGAGAAAUCCUGCUACCAUGGCAAAUCUGCAAUCCACUUCAGUCAGACUAGGCUUGGAGCAACGGUUGCAAGAGAUGAGUUUAGAAGAAGAAGAAACAAGGCUGCAACUAUAGUUCAGGAUAACAUGAAGGCCACUGGGGUUGGGAUGAUGAUGGUUGCUGCUGUGUGGGAAGGAGAAGUGCUCGGUGAAGGUCACUCAACACAUAAUGGAUAUUGCGGUUGUGUUGCUCUUGAGCGACCCAUCGCCGAUCUUGUUCAGCCCAUCGUAGCUCUUGAUGGGCCCAACACUCUUGUUGAAGGUUACGGUAGUCAUGAAAUUCGGAAGUGA